UAACCGCAUGUACCCACUUCAGUUAUCAAAAUAAAAAUUUUAUUGAAAACAAAUAUGACAUAAGCAAUUAGAAACCUAAAAAAGUUUGUCUAACAAUUAUAUUUUAAUAUAAAAGUUAAUGAGUUUUACUAGACAGUACUUGUUGUGUUUAAAGUUUCUAUUUUUCUUGUAGUAAUAGUUUCCAAUCAAAAUGGUUAGACUUACUACCAUUUUAGGUUAUGCUAAAAAAGUGCAGAAACCUUUGAGGAAGCAUUUGAAAAGUGGCUACCUCGAUAAACUUAGAUUUCAUGUCAAAGCUGGUACCGGAGGAUCUGGUCUAGCUCAGUACGGUGGAAUUGGAGGAAAUGGUGGUGAUGUUUACGUUAGAGCUAAAGAAGGUUUGUCUCUCAAGGAAUUAUCUCAAGUUGUCAAAAAAAGAGAAUUGGUUGCAGGCACAGGCUAUGAUAGUUCUAAGCGAGGUAUAUUGGGAGCAGCAGGAGAGGACCUAAUUAUUAAUGUGCCUCCUGGAGUUGAUAUUUAUCAGGAUACUGGAAAAUAUCUUGGCUGUGUUAAUCAACCUGAUAAAAAGUUAAUUGUAGCUUUUGGAGGAAAAGGUGGUUGUAAACAAACAGAUUACAGUGGACAAAAUGGAGAAAGUCAUCACAUAAUUUUGGAUUUAAAAUUAAUAUCAGAUGUAGCUCUUGUAGGAUUUCCAAAUGCUGGCAAAAGUACAUUAUUGAAAACUGUAUCAAAUGCCAAACCAAAAGUAGCUGCAUAUCCAUUUACUACACUGAGGCCUAAUCUUGGUCAAAUACUUUAUCCCGAUGACAGAGAAAUCACGAUGGCAGAUUUACCUGGUCUUAUAGAAGGAGCUCACAAAAAUAUUGGAAUGGGACACAAUUUUUUGAAACAUUUAGAACGUUCAAAAUUGUUGUUAUUUGUAGUAGAUAUUCAGGGUUUUAAGCUUUCACCUCGUCACACAUGGAGAAAUUGUUUGGAUACUAUACUGUUAUUAAAUAAGGAAAUAGAAUUGUACAAACCAGAGCUUUUAGACAUUCCUGCUAUCCUCCUUGUAAAUAAAAUGGAUACACAAGGUGCAGGUACUAUUUUUGAACGUUUCAAACCUAAGUUUGAAAAUUUAAAGACUGCACUUUCUGAAUACCCAGAAGACAUGUGUCCUGAGAAAGUUUUGGAAUUUGAAGAUAUUUUACCUAUGUCUUUGAUAAAUAAAGACAAACAAGAAAUCAAUCAUUUUAAAACAAUUUUGAGAGAAAAUUUGGAUAAAAUAUUUGAAAUGGAAGCACUGAAAUUAGAACAAGAACUACCAGAACAAAAAUUAGUUGAAAAAUUGAGAAAUCAAUUAAAACUUAAAGCUCCGGUUCUUGUUUAAAAAAAUGUAAAUUUACAUUUUGUAAUAUACUCUUUGUAAUAUACUCAAUAAUGUUUAUGUUGACAAUUUUUUACAAAUAUGUACAAAUUAAUCAUAUUU